GGACUACGGGGACCAAUGUGAAAUGUCAAAUUUAUCCCUCAAUCUAGGGUACAUUAGAAGAAUCUCACACUAGGGUUUCAUUCGUUAUCCACUCCUCUCCUCUGCAGUGCAACUCUUCUCUCUUGAUUUGCCUCCGGAGUACAGAACACGCAGAGAUGAAUGUGGAAAAGCUAAUGAAGAUGGCCGGUUCAGUCCGCACCGGCGGGAAGGGUACAGUGAGAAGAAAGAAGAAGGCCGUUCACAAGACCACCACAACGGAUGACAAAAGACUUCAAAGCACCUUGAAGAGAAUAGGAGUUAAUGCCAUACCUGCAAUUGAGGAGGUCAAUAUAUUCAAGGAGGAUGUAGUUAUCCAGUUUAUUAACCCUAAAGUUCAAGCGUCAAUUGCUGCCAACACUUGGGUUGUUAGUGGUUCUCCUCAAACAAAGAAGUUGCAAGACAUUCUUCCUCAAAUUAUUCACCAACUGGGUCCAGAUAACUUGGAGAAUUUGAAGAAAUUAGCAGAACAGUUCCAGAAGCAGGCCCCAGCUGCUGGCGCCGGUGCAGCUGCUGGUUCUACUGUUGCACCAGAGAAUGCUGAUGAUGAUGAGGUGCCAGACCUUGUCCCCGGCGAGACAUUCGAAGCUGCUGCUGAGGAGGGCAACACCCACACGUCUUAAGGGUUUUAUUUACGAUUUUGUGCCAUUGCCUAUAUUUUCUAUGUUUUUUGGGAUCUAUUUUCUUACUUUGAUGUCUCUAUGGCCUAUGAUCCACAACAGAAAGCUGGUACUUGGAUGUUUCAAUUAGCAAUGAGUAUCUUAAUGCUUUCAUAGUAUCUGCCACAUAUGAAUCUAGUGAUCAGGGGCAACUCUUCGGAGCUAAAUGUCUUAAUCUGUUGAUUCAUUGUAGUCUGUACUAAUCUGAUGAGUGUAGAGCUGCUGGCCAUGGUUUAAAGUUUUUAUCAUC